AAAAUACACAGAUACAUUGCAAAAGAUUGAGAGGUAUAACAAUAAAUAUAUUUAAAGUAUAAAUAAAGAUAGGACCUAUCAACAAGAGUAUCAGAAAAAGCAAGUUUUUAAAGCAAUUUUAGCGUUGUUAACCCCUUGAUUAAGAUUUAUUUGUCGCCUGCUUAAAGUCAUGACAUAAAUUGACCCUUUGCUCAAAGUGUAUACACAAUUUGGACAGAAAUAUUUUAUCCCUUGGUGUACACUCGGCAGAAAGUGUGGCACUUUACAACAUGGUUGUACUGGAGGUAGUGGAUAGCUCCCUCCUCGUGACCGCGGUUGUUCCGUACAGAGAUAAAAUCAUUGAAGACGACCUCGCGGAGAUCUUCAUCACCAUCAACCUCGGCGUGACUAGCGGCGUCAUCUCCGUCCUGGGCAUCGUCGGCAACAUCAUCAACAUCAUCAUCUUCACCAAGCAAGGCUUCAAGGACACGGUCAACAUCAGUUUCUUCGUCUUGGCCGUCACCGACUUUCUCUCCCUGCUGACCUUGCUCUGGGUGUCCAUCUGUUUCUUUCCCCCGUUUAGGUACUCCGACCUCCCUUUCUCGUCAACGGACAUCGAGUACCUGACAGGGGGCUGGCCCCAUAUCAUCUGCUCGAGAACCACCGGCUGGAUCACGGCCUUCGUGACGAUAGAGCGCUGCCUGUGCAUAGCCCUGCCCCUCAAGGUGAAGACCAUCGUCACGGGAAGACGCGUUGUGAUGUGCAUCGCCGUCAUCGUGCUCUUCGUGAUCGCCAGUGUCGCCCCGGCCUACUACACGAGCCGUCUGGCCUGGACGUACAACCCGCUGUUGAACAGGACGAUGCUCGGCCUGGUGUUCACGCCGGACCGAAACGAGGUGGAAGAAGUCGCCUUCGCGAUCAACAGCGUGUUCUCUCCCCUCGGUUCGUUCGGCGCCGUCGUCAUCAGCACCGUCAUCCUAGUCGUCAAGCUCAACGAGAAAACAAAAUGGCGCCAGCAGUCCGUGGCCGAUAAGGAUAAAAACGCCAACAUCUCGACAAAGGAGCAAAAGGUGGUCAAAAUGGUGGUGGGGAUAUCCACGAUAUUCAUCGUCACCUAUACGCCGGCGGCCAUCAUCUUCUCCGCCAUGGCCAGAGAGCCGGAAUUCCGUCUGACCGGCUACUACUCCAACAUCAACAUCGUCGUCGUGUCCAUAUCGUUCAUCCUGGAAGCGGUCAACGGAAGUGUCAAUAUUAUUGUGUACUACAAAAUGAGCACUCGUUUCCGGAUAUGUUUUUUGGCUCUCUUCAACAUAGAAACGUCCGAAAAAUCUGCUGCCGCUAGGUAAACCGACGAAAUUCCCGAGAGACGCCGAUUUUUAGUAGAGUACUUCGGCUGAAAUCAAAUUACAAUCACUUCUUGAGUAGUAAAGAGUAAAAACUGUAUGACAAUAUCAUCACUCUACUCUAAGAGCACUUCAACUCUAAGAGUAGCCUCAGAGAGUAAUUCAACUCAUAGAGUACUUCAACUUCAAUCAAUGAUGAGGAAACAUUCAAAUUAGCUGUUUAAUAAAAUAAAAUUCUAGUGACAAGGGGAG